CCUCCCCAGGUCUCGUGCAACUCCCGUGAUAUUUGCGGCACCUUUCUUCUCGCUGUCCUAUCGUCUACUUGCAGGGCGAAGUCCCAUUAUUUACUCCUAUCUUGCUGAGAAAUCUUACGUUUUAGUAUUACAUCCAAAGAACCAUGUCGGGCUUCCCAAGCUUACAACCCGCAUUCACGCUCCAGGUGAAAAUUGAGCCAGCGGCAUCUGUUGGAAGUGCAUCGCAGCAAUGCGGCCUCCUCAUCACGCCCAUGGUCGGUGGUACAGUGAGGAGUGAGCCGGGCUUCUCCCCGGCAUUCAAUGGGGAGUUCACCGGCACUGGCAACGAUUACAUCCACGUCGAUCCCGAUGGGAAGCGUUUUAGACUCAAUGCACAUGGCCUUAUUCGAACGGAUGACGGCGCGUUGGUAUAUCUCCUUUAUACAGGCAUUGUAAACGUUACUCCGGAACUCAACGCCAUUAUGAGUGGUCAAUCGGAAUCAGCAGUCACACCUUUUGGUGAUGCAUUUACUCACCUUACAUUCAAGACUGGAGAUGAGCGGUACACCUUCCUCGAGUCGGGGGUGUUCGUUGCAGCCGGACAUUUCAUCUAUGAGAAAGGUCAGCUGCCAAUUGUAGAAUACAAAGUUAGUAAGGUCUGCAAGGGAUGAGGGUUAUCAGUUUAAGCGGGUGUUGGUUUGUGAGAAAGGCACAGAAGCGAACAUCGUGUCUAAGGGGUUAAUGAAAAUAUUCUUUCAUAUUAUUGCCAAGUCGUAGGUUAUCAGUGGUCCGGAAGUAUUCAGACCAAACGGCAACCUUACAAUAGCUGAACUCCUCUCCCGAAUUGUCUAUUCGAAGAAGAAAAAAGAAAAAAGAAAAAUAGCGCUGCUUCGCUUAACCGAGUAAUGGGUCCCUCUCACCCUCAUAUCCACUCAUACUCUCACCAUUCUCAGCUUCAAAGAAUGCACGCUGUCCCCUGGCCCCGUUUAUGUAUGCUCCAAAUCCCAUACUACUCCCCCACCCUUCACUUAGCAAAUCGAAUACCGAUACCAGAAAGGCUCCCUAAUAUCCCCCCGUCUUGGUCUUCUAAACCUCUCUGCUUUCCUUUUAGUUUAUUUAUGACCCGUGUAACCACCGUCCACAUGAGUAGGCCAACUAUAGAAGUCCCCAGUAUAGAUGUGAUAGCCGUUAGUACUGUAAUCGUGCUCACAGCACACCCGAGCGGUCUGGAACGGAGUUCCCAUCGUUCUUUUGGGCCAAGAGGACAGAUCGAAUUGUUCAGGACGGGCGAAAAUAUGGGAAUCGUGGAUGGAUUUGGGACACAGGCUGAGGACUGGAGUUUGAAGAAUGCACCUUUUUAGAUGGGGCUCAUGCUUCAUGCCCAUAGCCAGGCAUUGAUAAAGAAAAUACAGAUAUUGUGGAGAAGGAGAGAUUUCAACGUACGAAUGGACACCAACUACAGGAGCUUGAUGCUUUCAGACAGCUCCAGCAGUCCUGGAAACCCCAGCAGAAACGGAGGAGGUCAUCGUCGCUGGAUCCGCUCAACGGCGUGAUGAGAGUAUUAAGAUUGUCCAUGCCGAUGAAAAGAAAUGUAGAUGGCCAAGUGUAUAUGGAAUGCGAUUGUAAAUGCAUAAAUUCUCACAUCGCGACAGGGAAUAAGUAUUUCG